GUGGUGUAGUUUCCUGGUGUGUCAGUAGAGCUGCUGUCUGUGUGAGACUCGAUCUGACUCUCUUCUGCUGGGAUUGGACUCUUCUGAAAACUGGAUUUUAGAGAAAUGAUGCUGAUCUUUGGACUGAUGCUGCUGCUGCAAACUGCUGCAUGUCUGGAGUUGAACUGCAGUUUUGGUCAAUCUGAUCCCUGUUACGCAGCUCUGGGAGACAAACUCAAUCUGCUGAUGGAGCGGGACGCUAGUAAAUAUGACCUGAGGAUACAAAAGAGGAUAUACAACACACAAUAUGAUCCAGUUUGUAGAGUAAAGAAUGGCAGCAAGAAGGAAUGUGAUCUUUAUAAUAACAGACCUGAAGUGAACAUCAUUAAUGGGACUGUGAUAAUAAACCGUGUGAUCAGAGCAGAUUCUGGGAAUUACAGAUUAACACUCACUGACUCAGACGGCACAGACACAACUAGAGAUCUUCAAGUGAUUGUUGAAGGUCCUUCAGUCGCUCUGAUCGUUCUAGGAUGUUUCACUGUAAUUCUUAUUAUUCUGGUUGCCAUCUCAUAUUACAUUUACAAGAAGAAGAAUCGGCUCGAAACGACAGCAAAUGUGGAAAACACCUCGACGGACGCUCAGACAAACAGGAAUGAGAAGGAGCAAGAGCUUCAUUAUGGAGAGAUUACGUUCAGCAGCUCAAACGUUAAACAGCAGCCGAGUAAAACACAAGAAAAAUGUAGGUUUUUGGGAGCCUGA